AUGGCAGAGAAGAAUUGCGACUCCAGCACAGAAAUUGUGUUGAAAGUUUUAAUGCAUUGUGAAGGAUGCAAAAGUAAGGUUUUUAGUUGCUUGAGAUAUUUUGAAGGUGUUGAAGAGGUUGAGGUUGAUUACCCAAACAACAGAGUGGUAGUAAAAGGCAAAAGGGCUGAUCCAUUGAAGGUUUUGGAGAGAGUGCAAAAGAAGUAUAGCAGAAAUGCCGAACUUAUAUCUCCCAAACUAAUACCACAAUGCAAAGAGAGAAAGGAGCCAGAAAUUAUACAAGUGGCUCCGCCUCCGGUGAAAGUUCUGGUGCUCAAAAUGUUGAUGCAUUGUCAAGGUUGUGAAACUGACAUCAAGAACUGCUUGGAAGGAUUGAAAGGCGUUCUAAAUGUAGAAGCAAACAUGGAGACUUCAAUGGUGACUGUGAGGGGAAUAGUUGAUCCACCAAAGCUCAUGGCAUACAUCAAGAAACAACUGGGCAAACAUGCUGAGUUCGUGAAGCAAGAAGAAGAAAUUGGACGAUGCAAGGACAAGGAGAAAGGCAAGGACAGAGACAAGGGCAAGUAUGAUAACAAGAGCAAGAUCAAAAACAAGAUCUGCCCAGAAGUAGUGGAAAUUCGAUAUCAAUAUCCUCCUCAGAAUACAGUUGAUUAUAUUUACCCCUGUCAAAUGCUUAGUGACGAAAAUCCUUUGGCAUGUUCGAUAAUGUGA